CGAGAGACGCGAAAGCACCAGGAGCAGAAAUCGAAACAAGUGGCUAAGACUUCAUAAUGGCGGACGGGAAGAAAAUAACCCUCAAAAUCAUCCUCAUUGGAAACUCUGGCGUAGGAAAGUCGUCCUUCACCAACAGGUACGUGAACCAUUACUUCAGCAACUCAUACAGACCCACCGUCGGCACAGACUUCCUGCCCAAAUCACUCAGCGUCGAUGGUGAAGCAGUGAAUCUGCAGAUCUGGGACACGGCCGGGACCGAGCAGUUCCUGUCUCUGGGUGCUCCGCUUUACCGAGGGGCCCACUGCUGCUUGCUGGUUUUCGACGUCACAUCCAGGGACAGUUUCUCGGCGCUGGCCUGGUGGAGGGACGAGUUUCUGACCCAAAGUCAGGUUGAGAAUCCCGAAGAGUUUCCCUUCAUCGUGGUGGGCAACAAGACUGACCAGAGCGACCGAGAGGUGGCUGCCAGGUUCGCCCAGCAGUGGAGUGAACAGAUCAGAGCGGAAUAUUUCGAAGCAAGCGCCAAAGAAGACGUGAACGUGGACAGGACAUUUCAGAGGGCGUCUGAGAGAGCCUUACGAGAGUACAAAAAACACACAUUGGAAAAUACAGAACAUUUCCAGAUAACCUGCAAACAGCCGAAAGAAGCUGGCAACAACUGUCAGUGCUGAGGUCAGAUCCCCCCUCCCCCCGACACUGCUGAUGAUGACCUAUCUAACCAGGGCGCAUAAAAGAGAGACCCAGCAAAGGUACUGUGGAAGAAGAGGACACAAUUGUAUACCACAUGGAGAGAGGAACAAACUCUUUUUUUCUGUUUUUUUUUUUUUUUUUUUUUUUCUUGAGAACCUUCAGCUUAUGGUCUAACUUAAGGCAUCACUACUAAAAUACACAGCUUUUGCAUGCAUGUCUAGUUUUCAUCAACAGACACACCGACACGCACAAAAUGAUGAAUGCAAUAUGAAGAGAAAGCUCAUCUCAGAAAAGAAAACGGGAAGAAACGACAGACAGCAGUCAAGGUAGGAGAAAGGGAGGAAAGAAAAAAACAAAACCUUGACUAAAUCUUCUGGCCAUUACCAUGACAACUGAUGCUCCCUGUACAAGCUGGUGCUGUCAUGACGAGAGAAGUGAUUCCGACUCCUACACUGAAUCAGCCGGACAAGCGAAUUAGAACAAUCAGGGAGCUUAUAUUAUAUAUAUAUAUUUAUAUAUAUUUCUUUCAUAAGUAAAGACACAAAAGGCAAUCGAGAGAUGACAGACAUGUAAAAACGGUUUGUUACAGGUUAUUAUAUAAAAGGCCAAGAUGUUUUUUUUUGUUCGUUUUAUUCUUGCUCUAUAUGAAUGAACUAAUUUACAAGUGAGUACACUGCGGCUAUCGUCUUGCUCUCUCUCUCGCUCUCUCUCUCUCACCAGGACAUCCCCAUUCAAAGACAUUCGGGUUCACACAUCAGUUAGCUUGCACACCAUCAGCAGUCGGAAUACAGAGUCAUGGAAGGAAGGGGAGAAAAAAAAAAUUAAAAAUUUAUUAAUCGGAUUCACAUACAUCAACGGGAUUUGGGGGUUGUCUACUUGAUAUAUGAUUUGCCAUUCUACAAAAAAAAAUAUAUAAUGAAGAUGCGACAUCACAUUCAUGAGCAUAAAAAGUACGUCGGGGCAGGGGUGUUUGGGGGGGAAGCACGGGUGUCUGCGUGUAUGGCAAACAAAGCGACGCGAGCGAUGACUAACUGAAGUAAACAAAGCGCUCUGGCUCCCUGGGUCCGCGUCAAAGUUCCCUUCACUCCUAUAACGUUCUGCAAUUCUACCUGGAACAAGUACAAAAGUAUUGCCUCGUCGUCGAACCCUCCUGAACAACAAGAACAUACAACCAAGUGAAUGAAGAGGUUUUUAAAAUGACAGUGGCAAAACUGCAACACAACCACCCAGGUCUUCCCAACUCAACACAAAACUACGGGGAUCAACAGUUUUUAAAAAAAGUGAUGCUCUUAAAAUGCAGACAACAUGCACACAG